GAGUCUCGUGGGUAGCGUGGUUUCUGUGGUAUUACGUACGGACAGGGUAGAUGUUUUCCUUCUGCCUGUGUGCAUCUGUUUGCCCGAAGCAGUAUUUCUUGAACGACGUGUACGGUCAACGCUAUGCUAACGCUGCUAGGCUAAAGUAACGUAGCUAACGUUACAUAGCGAUGGGAAGCUAAACUGCGGCCUCCGAGGGACCUGGUUAACUCUCGGGCAAUUUGGCUGCGUGGUGCAUUGUGACUCGAAUUCUAUCUACGACAUUCGAUCAAUAUCUGUAGGAAGAUUUCAUAUUAAGUGUACAUCUUUGAGCUAUGAACCCAUCUAUUCACGUUAAUGUUAACAACCGCCAGGGCUAGUUAGCUUCCACUGAUGCUAACGUUGUUCAAAUUGACAUUCCAUAACUGAACUUUGCUAACGGCCGCUUUACUUGGACAAAUUAUAGCUAACAUGUUAUCUUUUUAGUGUACUUCUGGGGAGUUUGGGCUACACGCCCGUGUAAAGUUGUUUCGUUAUGAUUUUAAGUCAACUGAAUCAACUUGCCAAAGAUAACGUUGAUGUAAUUAACGGAUAACUUCGAUAAGGCUUCCACGGUGGCUAGCCUAACGUUAGCCUGAGCUGUUUUGAUUAAUGAUGUCUGACGAGUUUCACUAGCAAAUAACGUUAACCUUGCGCGGAAUUCGAGGAGACCCUCCAGACAAUCCGCCCAACCAACCCCACGAUUUUUUUUAAUCAACAAUUUUACAUGUGACUGCUAAAACAAUGAGGCUGAGAAUGCGCAAGGCGUCUCAGCAGCCGAACCCCAGUCUGGCAAGCCGCCCGUCCCGUACCAAGCGGAGGCAUUCAGAAGUAGAAGAAGACUCGCCACCUAGUGGAGGGAGGGGCUUGUUCUCCACCAUCAAGAAGUUCAUCAGAGGAAAUGCUGUUACGGUGCCGCAGGAGAGCCCAGCAAAGACGCGCCUCCACUGCGAUGUGGACAAUAACCUCAUCACCUCAACAACCCCGAACACCAACACCCCCCGCAGGACUAUCAGCAGGGUCAGCCGCAGAGGCUCCCUAAAUGGACAGGCAACUAAUCAUGACAGAAGUAAGGAGAAGCCCAAUGGCAGUGUGGAGGAGACGACUGCCGCUGAGGUGCCCACAAGCCCUCAAAGAACCACGCUUCUUGGGACCAUCUUUUCCCCCGUUUUCAACUUUUUCUCGCCAGCGAAAAAUGCCUCUACUGGCUCAGACUCUCCAGACGAGGCCUUGGAGGCAGAGGAGGUAGUGAAGCAGCUGGACAUGGAGCCAGCUGUGGAGACGCCCACCAGCACAGACGCAUCCACACAGGAGCUGUGUGCGACCACCAACUUCUACUCGAGCGCAUCGCAGCUCCCCCCUAUGCAGCCUCCGAUCCCCGAGGUUUCCCCCACAGGCAGGGAGGGAGAGCACUAUGCCGAUGCUGACCUUCCACCCCUCACAGCUCCAGGUUCCAGUCCAGAAAUGGCUUAUGUGGACUCUCUGCCUGCUGCCGCACCAACAGAGGCAACCUAUGAGGAAGACUGGGAAGUCUUUGACCCAUAUUUCUUCAUCAAGCACGUCCCUCCACUGACAGAAGAGCAGCUCACUCGUAAACCGGCUUUGCCACUGAAAACGCGCAGCACGCCCGAGUUCUCUCUGGUCCUUGACCUGGAUGAAACAUUGGUCCACUGCAGUUUAAACGAGCUAGAGGACGCAGCACUUACCUUUCCUGUCCUCUUCCAGGAUGUCAUUUACCAGGUGUAUGUGCGCUUGAGGCCGUUCUUCAGAGAGUUUCUGGAACGCAUGUCUCAAAUCUAUGAGAUCAUCCUUUUCACAGCCUCUAAAAAGGUCUAUGCAGACAAACUGCUCAACAUCUUGGAUCCUAAAAAGCAGCUAGUGAGACACAGGUUGUUUCGUGAGCAUUGUGUCUGUGUCCAGGGAAACUACAUCAAGGACCUCAACAUCUUGGGUAGAGACCUGUCAAAAACGAUCAUCAUUGACAAUUCACCGCAAGCCUUUGCAUAUCAGUUGUCCAAUGGGAUCCCCAUAGAGAGCUGGUUCAUGGACAAGAAUGACAAUGAGCUGCUGAAGCUGGUGCCCUUCCUGGAGAAGUUGGUUGAGAUGAACGAGGACGUGCGGCCGCAUGUUCGGGAGAGUUUCAGGCUCCACGACUUGUUGCCCCCUGAUUGAACUUUUUCCAGUCUCCUGGAAAUGGACACCAUGAAAAAACUGAGAACAACAUGUGUGUAAAAAGCCCCUCUUUGGAUUACAAACCACAACAUUGUCAUUAUUGUUAAAAUUUCAGGCUUUUGUCUUAGUUUUUUUUAAACCCACAGUUGUUUUAAAAAAAACUAAACGUUUUUUAAAAUCUGGAUGAAUUUUUUUGUGGAACCAGAUGUCCCCUCCACACUAAAUUCCGAAGUCUUGGUGCUGGUUUAUUGGGUAUGAAAAUACAACCUGGUAAAGAGGAACUUCCCCUCGUCACUCCCGCCCGAGUCGAAGCCCCUGGUGCUCCCGCUGCUGACACUGACUAGUAACCACACUCUGUGGCCAGAGAGCAUUUUCAGCAGGAACGACGGUCCUGUGACUCUGCAUGUGUGUGUAUAUGUUGACUCCUACCAAUGCAAACACAUGCGCUCAUUUGGUGUUUGAUAAACCUACAAUCUGUAGCCUUUUAAAAGCAUAUGCAUUCCUCCAUAGCCGAGUCAAGUUUCUGUUGUUGGUUGCAGUUCUUUUUUGUUUCCGGUAAAACUGGUGUUUCAUUGUUUUGGAAAAGAGCUUUUCAAAAUGUUUUACUUCUGUUUGUAAGAUAUGUUGUUUUAAAAAAAAAAAAGUUUUUCUUUCUCUUUUUUUUUAUUAUCAUUAUAAGCCUUUUUCUGUUGGGAGAAGAUGGGUGCAUAUUAAUGACAGUCCACUGCAUAGUCAAACACAAUUUAAUUGUACCAGGACUUAAAGCAUAGUUUGUUGUCACUCUAACAAAUGAAGGUUUAAUUUCCCGUGUUGGCAUCACCGUGGACACAACAUGGCUCCUUAUUUAAAUGAUUGGCCUGAUGCUCUCCUUACCUGUAAAUCUGACAUAAUGUAAAGAUUUGAGGGCAUUCCUUUUCAAAGUGAUGUGUCGACAUUGAACUUUCUUUGAUCGUAUUUGUCUAUAAUCAGUAUUGUCUUUUAACUCCUAAUCAAGUAUUCAGACUAAAGUCAGAGCUGUGUUUUGCUUUUUCUAAUGUGUAAUUUGACGGCUAUGUUAGUAGCAUUAUGACUAAUGUAGCACAUCUCACAUGCCAGUGUGUCAUGACGUCUACCCAUGGUAGACCUCUCUGGCCAGACCCUGUACCAGCCACAUCUGGCACCAGCAACAUACUGUUGGGAUGGUCAGCUUCUCUGUCUCUGACCUUCCCUGUUUCAGCAUUUUUACUUUGUAUUUCUAAGCUUUUUCUUUUACGGUUUUGGUGCCCUUUUAAUGCAAUGUGUUUUCAGAAUGGUAACUACAUGAAUGUGUUUUUGCCUGGAUAGUGGACAAAUUGACAUUUUACUGUUUCAGCUUAAUUUAUUUGACAGUGAGACAAAUCGUAGGCUGACAUCCUUCCAAGCUUAAACCUGGGACAAAGGUCUCCGUGCCUGACUGUCUUGUGUCCCCAGCCAAACCCUCAAGAGGUGACUUGACUUACUGGAACAAUUUGGCAUGCGUUGUUAAACCGCUUCCUGUUCUUGUUCAGUUGGAAGGUUGUUUUAUUCAUAUAUAUUUUUUUUUUUUUAACAAAUGUGCUUGUUUGAAGUUGUCUCGGUUGCCUGUACAGUGCCAUACGCUUCUCCACCUUAAAGCCUCCCCCUUAUUUUCCCUGCGAUCUCACCCCCCAAAAAAUGCUUAGAUGGAAAGAGACAAUCAGACCUUGAGGCUCUGUGGGUGGUGAACCCUGGAGAUACACCAACUCCCCGACACACACACACACACAAGGUGGAACAGUCCCCGCUGCUCCCUGAGCACAGCCUCAGAUGGCUGGUGAUCGUUCAUUCUCUUUUAUAGUACACAUGUCCAGACUAUGAAUGUAAAAUUGUAAAUUGGGUGAAGUCUUGCGUGUCUUUCCAAAUACCUUUUUUUUUUUUUCUUCUUUUUUUCCCUUUACAACAAAUGAACAAAAAUAAUCAGUUGUUGAAGAGGCAAGAACAAAGUGAAAGGAAGAGGAACCAUCUCUCCAGGUCCCACCGUGAUGUGCCCCCUCCCUCAAAUGACCACUCGCCAUCCUGACUGCAUCUUGCAGGUGUGCUCUUCAUCCCCUCUGAUAAUCUGUAAUUCAUGGACCGGUGGGAGCCUCUUGACACUUUUAAUCCAGCUCAUUUUUAUGUGCAUUACCAGUUAAUUGUACACUUGAGUGUUGUACAAUACAUGCAGCUUCAUGUUUAAAAAAAAUCCUUUUAAAGUAAGGAAAUCUUUUUUGUAUUUUUGAUUUUAAAUGGCAUGUCAGAUCUACUUUUCUAAAUGUAUUAAUGACGAUUUAACUUUACAGAUCAGAUGGAGUGUUUUUUUUCUUACAAAUAUCUAUGUUUAGUUUAGCGCUACGUCAUUCAACUGUUAAAGUUUAGCAUGUAGAGAGUAACGCUUGCUCUGUGGGAAAGUCCUGAAUUAAAUUUCAAUCAUGGCACUUCUUGCAGAAAACAGCAAUGUGUUUAAUGAUUUAUUUUUUUCUCCCGUAUAUCCGUAAAGCCAUUUUACUUGCGAGAAAUGCUAUUUGUGCUUAAGAUGUAUUUAAAACCGUGUUAAGACAUCUUUGUUCAGCCUUCAGGCUAUAUGAUAUUGUAAAGUGUAUAUACAGUUGCAUUGAAUUUCUGAAACAAAGUUUUAAAGUUAAA